UAUUCGGCAAAAUAAAAUAAACAUGUAAGAACGGUCUUUCAAUAAUUCCUAUUGACUAUAGUUUUAUUUUCUUCAUUCUUCCCUUUUCUCCCAGUUUUCUACAUUCAAUUUCCUGUCAUCCAUGAAUUCCUGCAGAAUGCCAACUUCUUUUCCUGAUUCUGAGAAAAUUGUAUUAACUCACCAAGCUCAAGACCAAAAAUCUGACCAAAGUUCAUUCGAUGAUGCACUCUUACAUUCAAUCGAAAAGCUUCCUCCAUCGAGAAGAAAAUCAAAAGUUGAGCUACUAGUGGAAGCAUUUGAGACAGUGAUACCAAGAAAGAUCUACGAAGUGUUCUUAAGUUUCAGAGGAGAAGAUACUCGUGCAUCAUUCACUUCAUAUCUCUAUGAUUUUCUUCAAAAUGAUGGAGUCAAUGUUUUCAUGGAUGAUCAUUCACUUCAAAGGGGGGAUCACAUUUCAACUUCGCUACUGCAUGCAAUUGAACUGUCUCAAAUUUCUAUUAUUGUUUUCUCAAUAAAUUAUGCAGAUUCGAGAUGGUGUAUGGAUGAAUUGGUGAAGAUAAUGGAGUGUCGUAGAACCAUAGGGCAGGUGGUGCUUCCGGUGUUCUACAAUGUAGAUCCAUCUGAAGUACGUCAUCAAACUGGUGAAUUCGGAAAAGCUUUUCAAAGUAUGUUGAACAAAACUUCGGAGGAGGAAGAUAAGUUGCUGAAAUGGAGAGAUGCGCUUCGUGAUGCUGCUAGCCUUGCUGGCUUUGUAGUUCUUAAUUCCAAGAAUGAAAGAGAGGAUAUCAAGAAUAUUGUUGGAAAAGUAACUCUUUUACUUGAUAAAACAGAGUUGUUCAUUGCUGAUAAUCCAGUGGGAGUCGAAUCUCGAGUGCAAGAUACAAUUCAACUUCUAAACAUCCAACAAUUAAAUGAUGUUCUGUUACUAGGGAUGUGGGGUAUGGGGGGAGCUGGUAAAACAACCAUUGCGAAAGCCAUUUACAACAAAAUAGGCCGCGAUUUUGAAGGUAGGAGCUUCCUUGCAAAUGUUAGGGAAACUUGGGAGCGAACUUCUGGACAAGUGUCAUUACAAGAACAACUUUUGUUUGAUAUCUUCAAAGAAACAACAACUAAGAUACAAAGCAUUGAGUCUGGGAAAAUGAUAUUAAAGGAUAGGCUCUCCCAUAAAAGAAUACUUCUCAUACUUGAUGAUGUGAAUGAUUUAGACCAACUAAAUGCUUUGUGUGGAAAUCGUAAAUGGUUUGGUUCAGGGAGUAGAAUAAUCAUCACAACCAGAGAUAAACAUAUAUGUAGAGGGAAUAGAGUUGACAAAGUAUACAUAAUGAAAGAAAUGGAUGAAAAAGAAUCAAUUGAGCUUUUUAGUUGGCAUGCAUUCAAGCAAGCAAGUCCUAGAAAAGAUUUUGCUGGAAUUUCCAGAAAAAUAGUUCAUUACUCUGGUGGAUUGCCAUUAGCUCUAGAAGUCCUUGGUUCCUAUUUGUUUGAAAGAGAAGUAACAUAUUGGAAGUCUGUAUUGGAGAAACUCAAAAUAAUUCCCAAUGAUCAAGUGCAACGGAAGUUAAAAAUUAGUUACGAUGGUUUAAAUGAUGAUACAGUGAAAGAAAUAUUCCUUGACAUAGCCUGUUUCUUAAUUGGGUUGGAUCGAAAUGAUGUUAUACUCAUAUUAAAUGGUUGUGGACUAUUUGCUGAAAUCGGAAUAAGUGUCCUUGUUGAGCGAAGCCUUGUAACUGUCGAUGAUAAGAACAAGCUGGGAAUGCAUGAUUUGUUACGAGAUAUGGGAAGAGAAAUCAUUCGUGAAAAAUCACCAAAGGAGCCUGAGGAGCGUAGCAGGUUAUGGUUUCAUGACGAUGUAGUUGGUGUAUUAUCAGAACGAAUUGGAACAAAAGCUGUUGAGGGGCUAGCUUUGAACUUGCCAAUAGCUAGUUCAAAAUGUUUUAGUACUAAAGCAUUUAAGAAGAUGAAGAGACUCAGAUUGCUUCAACUUGGUGGAGUACAACUUGAUGGAGAUUUUGAAUAUCUUUCCAGAAAUCUAAGAUGGUUGUGUUGGAAUGGGUUUCCUUUAACAUGCAUACCUUCAAACUUUUAUCAAGGAAAUUUAGUUUCCAUUGAGUUAGUAAACAGCAAUAUCAGACUUGUGUGGAAAGAGACCCAGAGGUUGGAGAUGCUGAAAAUUCUAAAUCUGAGUCAUUCUCAUUAUCUAACACAAACUCCAGAUUUCUCAAACAUGCCUAAUCUUGAAAAGUUACUGCUCAUAGAUUGUCCAAGGCUGUCUGAGGUUUCCAAUAGCAUUGGAGAUCUCAAUAAAGUCCUUCUAAUAAAUUUGGAAGACUGUACUAGCCUUCGUAGCCUUCCAAAAAGAAUCUAUAAGUUGAAAUCUUUAAAAACUCUAAUCCUUUCAGGGUGUUUAAUGAUUGACAAGUUGGAAGAGGACUUGGAACAGAUGGAAUCUUUAACCACCCUGAUUGCAAAUAACACUGCAAUAACAAGAGUGCCCUUUUCAAUAGUAAAGUCAAAAAGCAUUGGAUAUAUUUCCUUGUGCGGCUAUGAAGGAUUCUCACGAGAUGUGUUUCCAUCUAUCAUUUGGUCUUGGAUGUCACCAACAAACAAUCUUCCAUCUCAGUUUCCAACAUCUUCUGUCAUGUCAUCUCUUGUUCCAUUAGAUGUACCACAUAGUAGUUCUCACGAACUAUCUUCGAUAUCCAAAUACCUUCCAAGUCUCCGAAGUCUUUGGGUGGAGUGCAGCUCAGAACUUCAACUUUCUCAUGAUGCAGCAAUAAUUUUGGAUGCCUUAUAUGCCAAAAAUUAUAAGGAAUUGGAAUCAACUGCAACUACAUCUCAAGUAUCCAGAAAUUCCUUGAAAUCUAUUUUCAUUCAAAUGGGAAAUAGUUGCCAAGUUGCCAAUGUUUUGAAAGAGAAAAUUUUGCAGAAUAUGACUGUCAAUGGGCAUGGUGAUUAUUUUCUCCCCAGCGAUAGUUAUCCAGAUUGGUUAAGUUUCAAUUGUGACAGUUCUUCUGUAAUUUUUGAAGUUCCUCAAGUGGAAGGGCAUAACUUGAAGUCCUUAAUGUGCAUUGCUUAUUCUUCAACUCCGGAAAACAUAACAUCGGAUGGCCUUAGAAACAUGAUGGUGAAAAAUUACACAAAGUCCACCAUUCAGCUCUAUAAGAGAGAGGCAUUAGUCUCCUUCGAAGAUGAGGAGGGUCAGAGAGUAGUAUCAAGUAUAGAACCUGGUAACAAAGUAGAGGUGGUUGUUGUUUUCGGGAAAGGUUUCAUUGUGAAGAAUACAACAGUUUAUCUCGUCUACGAUGAACCAAUCGGAGAAGUGGAGCAAUGUCAAGCACUAGAAGAAAAUUCUAUUGUUUGUAGUGGUGAUGAAAACGAGUACAGUGUUAGGAGGAACUCCCCCCAAAUGGAACUCAUUGAUGAAAAUAUUGGCACUGCUAGCUGUUGUGGAUUGAUCAAAUAUAGUUUCAGACAGUGGAUUACAGGUUUUAUGUGUAGAUUAGUGGAGUGCUGGGGAAAGUCAACUUUGCCUUGAGCUUGAUUCUGAAGUUGUGAUCUUAAUUCUUUGAGGGGAUUAAAUUAUAUGGAUAAGCAAAAUAUUUGAUAAUUCAUCACAAAAAUGAAAAGAUUGCUUAAAUAGAAUUUUUAGAUGGAAGCAAGCCAUGUUUCCAGAUAAGUCAUUCAGUAUGAGGACAAACUUGGCAUUCUUUGUAAGCUUCGUGGAGAGUUUACAAAGUGGCAUCUCUUCUAUUAAUGAAGUUUAUUAAUUGUUGCUUAAUGUUGUUAUUGAAUCUGUUACAUGCCUUUAGUUUAGUUUUUCUUCUGUUGGUUUUUAUAAAUUCUGUUAUCUCACAAAAGAUGUAUUUAUUGGUUCUUGUUGUAAAAUCACAUCUUAAAAAAUGUUUAAGCACCCUUUUUGAUAUCGGUACUCAUGUAAAAAUCUUCUGAACAAAAAGUAUUAAAUAUAAUGUGUAGGUUGGCUAUUUUGAACAACUA